AUGGCCGACACGGCCUCGCGGCGUCUGCGACGCAGCCUCUCUCACGAUCUUACAGCGCCUAUCACGGCCCCGGCCGCCGCGCCAGAGCCCGGGCCACUCAUUGAUCGCCCGCUGUUCAGCUUGACGUCGUCGCUCUCUGCUCCGCUGCUCUGCCGCCGAGUGGUCCGUCCCCCCGCCGGCGCCGUACUCGAUAGAGCGCAGUCCGCCAGCGACGAAGAGUUCUCCGCCGUCGGAGCUCCGACAUCGGCAGCAACUACGACGACAAAGGGCCGCAAGCACCGGCACCGGCGCUGCAACUCGUUACAAGAUGGGCGCAGCAGGCAACAGAUCGAUGCGCGACGAGCCCACGAGUACAACUCGAGGGAGGGCUCUGGAGGCGCCGGCUCGACGGUGUCGCUGGGCAAGGAGGCGACCAGGGAGGAGGUGGAGAGCUACGUGACGCGGUUGGAGAGCGACAUCCGGCAGCUGGAGACCAAGCUCGACGACUUCAACAACAGGAAGCGCAACUCUGCCCAAGGCUGGGUGGGCCUCGAGGAGAAGCGCAACCGCAAGAAGCUGGUCGAGGAGAUGAGCCGCACGCUCGCCGCCAGGCGCAAGCGGCUACAGGCCGUGCACAAGCGCCUCCAGGCCGCUGCUUCUCUUCCUCCUCCUUGUGCCACCUUCUCGAGCAACAAGUGGUGCCCCGGCUCCGACGACGACGACGACGACACCGUGCCGCCGGCCAACAUCACCAAGGAGCUCUUCGACGCCUGCCUGAAACCGCAGGAGACGUUCUUCGGCCUCCUGCGGCGGCUGCGGGAGCGACAGCUGUCCCUGGACAAGUACUACUACUAUCAGGACUGCGAGGGAGACAGCGGCCACGCCACCGACGCGACCACCGAUGACGCCUCGCCGCCCGCCGCCGCGCUGCGUUGCCUGGUUGCCUCUCGCUCUCUGCCCAUCCUGACCCGAGCGUGCACCGAGCCUGAAGGGAAGGCCGCCCCGAUGGUCUAUGCCUCGCUCUCGCAGCCUCAGCUCCUCCCGCCCGCGGUCUGCCCGCGACCGCACAACGGCGCCGGUCUCGAGCUGAGCUACGGCGACAUUCGCUUCCGGGAGGGGGUCCUGGGCCAGGGCUGCUUCGGCGCCGUCUACCCGGCGUCCCUCCCACACACGGGUCCGGUGGCGGUGAAGAUCCUCAAGUGCGGCCCGCGCCAACGCCAGAGCUACCAACGCGAAGUCGCGGCCCUGAAGCGAGCCCUGGAGGAGUGCCCGGUCGCGCACCCGCUGCUGCCGCCGCCGAUCGUCCGCCUUCGCGGCUACUGCGCUGAGCCGCACGCCUGCAUCGUCACCGAACUGUGCGAGGGAGGAAGCAUUGAGUCGGUGAUACGGCGCAGAGUCAAACUGUCCGAUAGGGCGGUCGCGCGAGUGGGUAUGCGCGUGGCAGAGGCCAUGAUUAACCUGCUCGCCCUCGACCCUCCCAUCUUCCAUCGUGACCUAUCGACUGCGAACAUCCUGCUUCGCAAGCCGGAGGACUACGCCAGCGCCUGCUUGGCCGAUUUCGGCAUCGCUGUCGAGGUCAUCGGCGCCGCCGAGACAUACCCCGAGGGGGCAGUCAGCACGUCCAAGAACGGCAAUCCGCGAUAUCGCGCGCCAGAGGUCACCCUGACCGGACGCUACAACAGAAAGUCCGACGUCUUCUCCUUCGGCCUCGUCUUGUUCGAAAUGAUCACCGGCACGGUGCCCUAUGCAGAGGUCGAGACCAGGCGCGUGGCACGGCAUAUUGCCGACGGCCACCGCCCUAAGUUUCCGAAGGGCACCACGGCCGACAAGCGCCUGCGACGUCUCGUCAAACGGUGCUGUCUGCGCAACCCCGAUCGUCGCCCCGAUUUUACGAUCAUCGCCCGUAAGCUGGCCAAGGUCUUGGACGCCGCCCAAGACUGA